AGGAACAGCUAUCAGGUUACGGAAAAGGAAGACCUUAUUUUGCCAAGAAUUAAACACUUGUUCGAUCAUUAGUUUGUCUUUUUCAUCUGAUUCUCGAUGUGUCGUAGCCAUAUGUGACGACUCAUCACGAACCCUACUUUACUGGUCAUGGGAAGAAAUGAAAGAACCCAUUUCGGUCAAGGUGACGGUUUCACAAGAACCAGAGACUCUUCAUCAUGUGAGCUUUCACCCUCUUAAUCAUCUCGACGUGUAUGUGUUUGGCAAUCGUCUUCUUAAAUUGUUCCGUUUCGUAAGAAACAAGCACAAACAGUUCAAUUUCCCUAAGAUUGUACCUCAAGAUUUCAAAUGCUAUUCCUGGGAUGCGAAACAACGUCUUUUGGUGGGUACAGGCAGUGGUCGAGUGUUAUGUAUUGAAGGUAGGUAUUUAAAACUUGAUUUUAACGUAUUCCAAUAUUUGAAUCUUCCAAACGAUGCCGCAAGGAUGCAUGGAGUGACGGCAAUUGUUAGUUAUUCUCAUGGAUUUAUUACUGCGUGUGGUACAAAAUAUGUACAGUUUUUUGAAAGCAUUGAUAACGAUAAUUACAAGUUUGUUAGGGAUGUUUUGCUGCCGUCAGAUACAUUGGAGAAUAACAAACUAUGCGACCAGAUUAUAAAAUGGAUGGUGGUGAAUCCAUCGGAGGAGGUUCUCGUUAUUAGCACCAAUAUGAAACAAAUGUAUUCUACACAAGUUAAUCCACCGGAAACAAAAAAUAAGACUGAAUCAAAUGUGUUUGAUGUUUUAGUACAGCCUUUCCAUUAUAAACAUAUCACUGGAUGUUGUGUCUCUUUGUGGAAACCUUUCAUUGCAACCAGCUCCCUCGACGGUUCCAUAAAAGUGUGGAACCGCGAAACGUUUAACUUAGAAUUUUCUAAAAACUUUUCAGAAGAAGUAUACAGCAUAUCUAUGCACCCAAUGGGACUAUUUCUUCUGGCAGGUUUCAGCGACGAAUUACGUUUCAUGUAUAUUCUUAGGGACGACUUCAAACUGUUUAGAGAUAUCAACAUCCGCAGGUGUACACAUUGCAAUUUCAGUCGAGGUGGCCACAUGUUCGCGGCAGUCAACAACAACUUUAUACAGGUAUACUCGUCGAUAACUUUCGAAAUGCUGGCCAACCUGAAAGGUCACAACGGUAAAGUUCAAGCUACCGCCUGGUGUAUGGAUGACAAUAAUCUAAUCUCAUGCGGUUUGGAUGGGGCAGUUUAUGAAUGGGAAAUAAAAACCGAGAAGCGAAUCGGUGAGUGUGUCUUGAAAUCCUGCGCCUGUAACGAUGUUGCAGUUAACACUGAUAACAAGAAACUAUAUGUGGUAAGCUCGGAUCGUUCUUUGAACGAAAUCCACAAAUCGAAUAUAUUGCAAACGUUUCUAUCGAGAAAAUUUCUUUACACAUCAGUUGCUCUGUCUUGGUCCAAUACAAUGUUAUUUGUAGGAACUAAUGAUGGUUAUAUAAGAAGCAUGGCGUGCCCUCCAAUACGAGGUGGAAAAUGGUGUAAUUAUCCUUGUCAUAGUCUUGAAACAACGCACAUGAUUUUUACGACUGAUGAUCGAUACUUAAUUUCAACAUCAAGAGAUGCUUCAAUUGCAAUAUGGAAGGUUAAUAAUGCUGAAGAUGAGAAUUUGAAAAGCGACCAGGGUACCGUUUAUCCUAACGAGAUUUUAAUUCCAAAAUCUGAUGUGGAAAAAAGAAAUUGUUUAAUUUCAAAGUUGAAAAUCCACAUUGAAGAACUUGAAAACGAAAUGGAAUACAAAAUGCGCCUUAAAACUAUGAACUACAACAAAAUAAAUGAGAUAUCCGAAAAUAAUCAAAAAAUUGAAAUUUUGAAAGUCAAAAAUGAAAUUCUAGAGAAGGAUAAAAGCAAACAAGAAGCGGAAUGCAUUGAAGAAAUAUCACAUAUUAACGAAAAUCACAGCCAAGAGUUGCAAUUAAUCGAAUCUGUUACCGAUAAGAAGUUACUAGAAGAAGACGAAAAUUGUAAGAAUCUUGAAAACAUGUUAAUAGUAGUACAAGAGAAAAACAAACAAGAGAUAAAAGAACUGGAAGAAAAGCAAGAAAUUCUAUUCGACCAGUUGAUAGAAGAGUACGAAAAGAAGCUUGUAGAUUUAGAGAAGAAAAUGGAACAGUGCACUGAAAAUAUUUUACUGCAGCAGAAAGAAUGUGAGGAAAUGCAGAAACGGAUCGAAGUUGAUGCCGAAAUGGAGCUCGUUUCUAGAAAAACUAAUUUCGAACAACUAUUGUUUCAAGAAAGAGAUUUUACUUCUGAACUAAAACACGAAAAUAGUGUUUUGAAGAAAAAGGUCUUAAAAUUCUCCACAAAACUAAAAGCAAGUGAUGAAGAAUGUAACAAUUACAAACUGGGGAUUGAGAGAUUGAAGAUUAUCAUAAAUAGGAAGGAGGAUUGGAUAAAGCAUUUAGGGGAAGUUCUGCAUAUUCGAGAGGAAAAGCCACGAGGUGAAGGGAAACAUUUCUAUGAUUUGGUGCAGAAGAACAUGGAAACCAUGAAAUUGAAAACUGACCUGGAUUUUAAACAUAUUAUCGAAUUGAGACAGUGUUUACAAGAGAGGGAAGAUGAAAUCAAUACCAUGAGGGUGGAAAUGAAGAUUAUGCAACGUCAACAGGAGAAAUUAACAAAUCAGUUAACCAAUAGGGACUGCUCGACAAAGGAAACGAAACAGAAACUAGUGGCUACCUCUCGAGAACUGGACAGAGUACGUACAAGACUGGACCGAAAAUCGGCCUUGUUAUACACGUUCUACUCCGACCUUGUAGACUGCAUAUCUUUCAUAGAUGAUCAUCAGAAACUGAAGGGCAGCAUCAAAGCUCUUUAUGAAAAAUACAACCAGAAGAAUAUCAAGAAGAUCAUCGCAUCAUACAAAAACAGAAACGUCAGCAUACAUAAGAAAUGGAAUCGGCAGCGUUAUAAUUUCGAAUACAUGGUACACAAACUGAAGAUUAUAACAAAGGACACUGUGGAAAAGGUCACUCUACAGAAUUGUGUGCUUACAACCAGAAGCAAUAUAAUUCGAGAAAAGUUGUCGUUGGUGAGAGAAAAGAACCGUUUUUUGCUGCCUUGAAAAGCCUCUCAGUAGAAUUGUCUGCUAACAGCCGAAAGCAAUAAAAUUCAAGGAAAGUUUUCGCUGGAGAGGGAAAAGAACCGUCUUUUACUGUCUUAAAAGGCCUCUCUGUUGAAUUGUCAGCUAGCAACCAAAAGCAAUAAGAUGCAAGGAAUAUUAGAGAGAGAAAAGAAAUUUUUUUCUUUGGUGGGGGGGGGGUCUUUUAAAUGGAGUGAGAGAAAUGAAAAUGGAUGUUAUUUGUUGAUCGUUGGAUUUUAAUCAUGCGAACGAAAUGAAACGAAACGAUUCGUGUAUUGUCACAUGUCCGUUUUUACAUUGAGUGAUAAAAACCAUGCUGUGAAGCAAGAAUUCUUUUUUUUUAUAAUAUUGUUAUUGCUAAUAAAGUCAACUUCAUCGAAA